AUGUCUCAAGAGUGGGUUCAGUUUGAUGAGGUUAUCGACCUGACCCAGGAUUGCAUUUCCCGGGAAGUAUCUGUCCGGAGUAUUGAAACAAGUACAGCUGACGAGAUUGAGACUGUAUUCAUGGAUUUGAGAUUUCUGUGCACAUUCAUCGGCUACUUUGACCUCUGGCGCCGUCAUGCGCCGUCGUCAUCAUUCUUCCUUGUUGAUCAGAUGGAUUGGGUGUUUGAAGAAGCUAAAGCUGUUGCAAAAGAAAUACAAAAUCAUCUUCAGCAUGCUGUAAUUGAAAGAUUCGAUGAUGGUGGUCCUCAUCUACAAGCCAAGUUUUGGAAAUAUCUACAUAACAAGUUGAAUUCCCUAUUGGUUAAGUUGGAGAUUAAUCCUAAGGAUGUCUCUCUGACUUUGGACUGCCAAUUGGUUCGCUGUGUCAACCCUUUGAAGGAAAAGAUUGCAGCUUUGAGGCCACGAAUCAGCUGUGUUUAUCAAGGAUUAUCUUUGUACCACCUUCAGCCUGAAGAAACCACAUCCAAUUAUGACUGGAACUUUUUCCGGUUAAGGCUACAGAUGAAUAUCGAAGAUUUGAAGUACAUGGCUGAAGAUGCUGAUUCCGCGUGCAAAGCCUUGACACGGAGUCUGAAUUCCAUGGAUUGGCUUCUCACAACAACAAGUUGCAGUGGCAAUUAUUACCGAUGCUGGUCUCCUUGGAAGGAGAAGAUGAUGACCCAUCAGUUUGUAAGUAUGAUCCUCCAUGUUGCUCAUUUUUAUUGUCUUUGUUGGUUGAAUCCAUCAGAUUUUUCAUACACAUGUGUCUGCUUGGAGAGUUUGCACAAUGAAAUGGUUAUACCAACUCCAGAGUUCCUUGACAUAAUUCUUGGAUCCUUAACACAAUGUGACAAUCAGAAAAGAUUUCUAUCGUCUUUUGUUGAUUAUAUUGUUGGUAUCAAAGCAUCAUUUCAAUUUCUUCGUGAAGAAUUGUUCUCAUUAUUUACCUGCUUUAUCAAAAUCUCGGAGUUGAAGACUAUGGAGGAGGAUGUGCAUAAGAUUCUGUUAGUUGGUAUUAGAGAUAUUAUUGUGGAGGCUGGACCUCUAAAAUCUAAGAAGACAAGAGCAGGUAGAACUCACUAUGCAAUUUUGUUGGCUAAGAUUUGGUUUCUUAAGGCUGAGUUUUUCAUCAAAAGUAGCGGUAUUGCCCUCGCGCUUUCAAAGGACAACCAUGUCCAGUCCCUAUGCGAAGGGUGUAGAUUUCUCCAGCAAGUGCCUACCUGUUUUCAGCGGCAAAGGGAGUCUCCAAUUUUUAAGGUCAUUGAAGGAGUUCCUGAUCAGGUGAAUUCUCUAUAUCAGCUUUCUCCUGGAGAGAUGGAGGACAAUUUGGUGCAUGUCAAGGUUAGCAUUUUCCUUUUAAAGUGUCUUGUACUCAUGAUGCUAAUAAAAGCAAAUGCACUUUUGUUGGAUUCAUUGGAGGGGGAUGCAAGUCUUCAGAUGCUCUGGCUUCCCUUGAAGGACAGAUUUAAAACUCUUCAAAGUGGACUCCUUUUCUUGAUAGAAGUAGUGUCUAAGAAGAUUGUGGAGAAUAUCGAGGAUGAGAAGCCGAUGUUGACAGAUAUUAAAGCAGUGGCUACGGGACACAGCAUCGAGAAACAUGAAGGUGAUGAUAUUCAUAUGCGGCUUGUAGACACGGCGUAUCAGACGGACCAUGCCAUCAGCUCAGUGUUGAAUGAAAGUAAGGAUGGGUGGCAGAACUUUUUAUGGCUGGAUUAUUUGUUGGGAGAGAUUAGGCACAUUAAGAUGCAACUUGCAGAUUCUGAUGGGAACAACACUUACUGUGAUGGAGUUCAUGAUGUAGUGCGUGAUUUGUGCCUGUUGAGAGCUGCAGAUGCCAAUUUUUUAAAGCCAAUAUCAAUUGAUGAUGAACCAUAUUCUUCUUUUAAUAGUAUAGACCAUAAUUUUCCACUUGAGCUUUUAAUCACUUCAAAUGAGAGAACGUAUGAGGAGAAUCGACUUUGUUUUCGUGUAAAUCGAGAACAUUUUGUUGUAUCAAGGCCCUCUGGUCCAUUUGUCAGGUCUCUAUUAUUCUUUCCGACUGCUGAUAUGUACCCAAGGCGCCCCUAUGAUCUCUCAUUCAUUCCUAUCAACUUUAGAAGUCUUAGAGUCUUGGAUUUGGAAUCCAUUAAUAUGGGAGCUUCCUUUGCUGAUGGGAUACAACCGCUGGUUGAUUUAAGGUAUUUAGCUGUUUGUGGUGAUAUGGAGUCUGUCCCAUCAUCUUUAUCCAAUCUAGAGAAUUUAGAAACUUUACUUGUGAAGAGUCUCAAGAGUAAGGUGAUGUUACCAGAAACCAUAUGGAGCAUGAGGAAGCUGAGACAUAUAUGUGUAACUAACUGUGCUGUCUUCACUUGGGGCUUGAUCAAAGAUGAGAUGCAUAGCUUGGUAUCACUUUCAUUUCCAUGUUUCACCUGCGGGAAGGUAACCGAUGAGAUGAUAAUGAGGUUCCCCAAUCUUCGAAAGUUGAGGUGCAUUGUAUUGAAACCUAGAGAUAUUUCUGUAGGUUUCUUUCCCUUUCCUUCAUUCCGGUCACUAUGCAAGUUGGAGUCACUGAAUAUAUCAUACUAUGGUCAGGUUCUAAAUGCUGUUGAAUUGAACUUCCCUUCCAGUGUAAAGAAGUUGACAUUAUCAAACUUCCGCCUGCCCCGGAGUCAUAUUUCAUUGAUUGGGAGAUUGCCUAAGCUGGAGGUCCUCAAAUUAAAAUCUAAAGCAUUCGAAUUUGAAGGUUCAAGUUGGACCAUGGAAGAAGGGGAGUUUCUCAAUCUUAAAUACUUAAAAUUAGACACAUUAGACAUUGUCCUUUGGGAUGCCUCCUCUGACAACUUGCCCAGGCUUCAGCAGCUCAUUGUGCGAAAGUGCAUGCAGCUGGAGGAGAUUCCUUUUGAUUUUGUCAAUAUCUCAACAUUGGUGAAAAUUGAAGUUCAACAAUGUGGGAUGUCUGUUGAAGAGUCGGUAAAAAGGAUCGGAGAGGAAGAAAUUGAGGGGCUCCAAAUUGUUAUCAAUAACUCACAUUCAGGCCUACAAGGUUGAAAUUUGUAAACUUCAGGGCAGAGUAAAGGUUUGCUUCAGAGUGGCUUCCAUAAUCUGUGCUUUUUACUGGGCUUGAGCAACAUGAGAGAGAGCACAAAAAUAAAAUGGAGGUCGAAAUUUCUUGCAAGGAUUGAUGGAUUCUCUUCUGUCAAAUAGUUGGCCUCUUGGGCAUUCAAAUAGGCUUAACUCGGGGAUUCAUAUAAGUUUCAGUCAUCUCCUACUAUUGUCCCAU